AAGCAGUCGAGAGGGUGACCGCAGAGAUUCGACUUGACAUAGAGGGUAUGACAGUCACAAAUAUUUAUUGAAGAAUCUAGAACCGCGUGACAAUUCUUAGGAUAUAGCAGAAUGAUUCCAUGUAUGAUAUCCAGUUUCUCGGGAAAGUGGUGGGUCAUAAUUAGUAGAGCUUGAAGUCACAAAAAGAAGCUACAAGAAACACGAACGAGAAUUAUUUAUCAUUGCACGUUUUGCUUUUACUCGAGGUGCUGGGAGUCCCUUUUCCUAUAAAACGGCAUGAAACUAGAUCCCGCAUGAGGUGCCAAUAGUGUUUGAUGCCUCGCUGCUGCCUUAAGGUUCAAACAUUAUAAGCAACAAUAUAGCGCGGUAAAAACGCUCAUAUUGGCCCUAGAUACCCCCCCCAGUGCCUAUAGCUAGUACCGACCAUGACCCUUGCUCCGCCGCCCUUCAAUCAUCCAAAGGCAGAUGUAAUACUGCGUUCUUCGGAUGACAUUGAUUUCUGUGUCUUCAAAUUAUUCUUGUCCCUUGCAUCACCACAUUUUGACACAGUCUUUAAUUCGCCACAAUCACCCUAUAGACCCGAGGCCAAAGCUAAGCUAUCAGUUAUGUCGCUCCCGGAGAAUAGCAGCACAAUCGACAUACUGCUCAGAUUUUGCUACCCUUCCACUCUAGUGGAUGAUCCUGAUCUGGGGGACCCGGGUAUCUUUAAGAUUUUGGCGGAGGUCGUAUGUGCAGCGAAGAAGUAUUCGGUGGAAGUGAUAACGAAGAAGGUGGGACUCGCCCUCAGUGAUGCAAAGGUUUUGGAAAAAGACCCUUUUCGCGUCUUUGCCGUUGCGCGCCAUUCUCAGCUGGAAAAGGAGACACGCCUUGCAGCAACAUAUACACUUCGCCAACCACUGAUCCCCCCGAAAAUACCAGAGCUGAACCUGAUUUCAGCCAUGGACCUUCUAAAACUGCUUGAUUACCGCAUUCAGUGUACUCUUGCUGUUCGGGAUUUGAAGAACCUUCCUCUACUGAACACGCCUGAAUGGACACUCUGCCCAGUGCAUUCCCCGAAAAAUGCUAUGGGCAAGAAGAAAGUGAAAAAAGGCAAGCCAAAGUCCAGCGAUACCACUACUAAGGAAUCCCCCGAAUGGUGGAUCCAGUAUAAGGAAAAUAUAUUCGCGGCUUUGAUGACAAAACCAGCCAGAAAUACUGUAGAGGAAGCUACAGGAUUUCGAGUUGUAAGCCAGUCAUUUCCAUGCAAUGCUUGUGGAGAAUUAGCUCGGGGAUACAUGAACAAUUUCACCGAUGAGUUCUGCAAAGAAAUCGAAUUAGCGACGGCAAAGGUCAAGCUUGAUAUCAUCAUAAAUAAGGACGAGGGUGUCGCGGUCGAGAAUAGUCGGGGCAGUAGCUGGAAAGAGAAUUGA